AUGAAUUUUAAUAUUUUCAGGAAUCUUAUUGCCAAAAAGUGGACAUCUGACGUCAGAUUGGACGGGAAGACGGCAAUCGUGACAGGGGCCAACACUGGCAUUGGGAAAGAGACAGCCAGAGACCUGGCCAAACGAGGAGCUCGAGUGAUUCUGGCAUGUCGAGACAUGGCGAAGGCUGAGCUGGCGGCCAGUGAGAUUGUCAAAGAUAUUGGGAUUGCCAAUGUCGUCCCCUACAAACUGGACCUUGCGGACACAAAGUCAAUUUGUGAAUUUGCUGAGCACAUCUACAGCUCUGAGGCGGCAGUGCACUUUCUCAUCAAUAAUGCUGGGGUGGCAAUUUGUCCAUAUUCAACCACAGCAGAUGGGUAUGAAAUGCAGUUUGGAGUCAAUCACUUAGGUCAUUUCUUCCUCACCUUCCUGCUUCUGGACCUCCUGAAGCACUCGGCACCCUCCCGGGUGAUCAACCUCUCCUCGAUUGCGCACUCCAUGGGCAAGAUCCACUUCGAGGACCUGAACAGUGAGAAGAGCUACCACCCGGUCAGAGCCUACGUGCAGAGCAAGCUGGCCAACAUCCUCUUCACCCGAGAGCUGGCCCGAAAGAUGGAGGGAACAGGGGUGACUGUGUAUGCUGUAGAUCCAGGCAUAGUCAACACUGAUGUGACCAGGCACAUGAAGAGUUCUCUCCAGAUGUUUGUGAAGGCUUUCAGCUUCCUGAUUAGAACACCAGCCGAGGGGGCCUACACCACCUUGUAUUGUGCCUUGACUCCAGACUUGGUAUCUGGAGGUUACUACAGAAACUGCGCCCAGGCAGAGUGUUCUCGGGCUGCCUGCGAUGACCGCACGGCCCGCAAUCUGUGGGUUGUCAGCUGUCACCUGCUGGGGAUCCGCUGGAGAUGA